CAGACCUUCUUCUUCUACCUCUCUCUCUCUCUCUCUAACACAAGAGAGCUGAGCUUCAAUCGAUGAGAUCAGUCCAGAAAAAGUAGAAGAAAACGAUGAGGAGACUCCUCAUCAAGAAGAAUCCAGUCUUCUUCCUACUUGUCCUCAUCGCUACUUCUUCCUUAACUAUCCUCAUCUUCUCUUUACUCCGAUUACCGGAAUCACCUCCGAUCAUCACCACCGGAAAACUCAGAGCCGAUCUCUCCAACGAAGUUGGUUUCUUCGGGAACAUGAUGGUCGAAAUGCUCCCCGAAGAUCUAACUUUCACUGCCUUCGUACCGUCGGAGAACGCAUUCAAUCGAGAUCUGGGGAUGACGAAACCGAGCAACACAAGUAAAUCAAUAUCAUCUGAAGACGAGGAUAACACGUACGCCGUCGUAUCGAGGAUCUUGGGUUUCGCCGUGGUACCGUAUAGAGUGGAGGAGGGAGACGUAGGGAAAGACGAAACGGCGUCGUACGAGUCGUUGAGUGGUUUCGCGUUGAAGAUUUGGAGGAAGAGUGGUGGUGGAGGGCUUGUGGUGAAUGGCGUGGAGACUGAGAAGAUGGGGUUGAAGAGAGGGAAGGUAACCGUUCACGUUAUGGAUGGUGUGAUAAUGGAUUCUGAUUUCGCACAGUCUGUUGCUUCUUCUUCUGAUUCACAAGACGAAGAUGAACCUGAGCCAUAGAGAAAGAAGAAAUCCUUUGUAGUUUGUUGUAAUAUAGACAAAAUUCUUUAAAAUGUAAUAAUACUCCCCAAUGUUUCAUAUUAAUUGUAUUGCGACAAUAGACAGAGACGUUUCUUUAUAA